ACCCCUGUCAAGAACACUGGCAAGCGUGGUCUUUCCUACAACAAUGCCGCCUACACCAUGCCUUUCUCCUUGUCUGGCCAGAACUCUCAAGUCUCUUGGGCAUACAACUGGUACCAGGCAGCCGGCAGCGGCUUCAACCCUGCACUUGAGUAUGUUCCCAUGCUUUGGAGUAACGCUUCCGACCUUACUUCAAGCUGGACCGCCAAUGCACAAGCUGCUAUCAACGCUGGCAGCACCCAUCUCCUCGGUUUCAACGAGCCUGAUCUCUGUCUCGCUGGUGCUGGUUCUUCUUGUAUCGAGAUGCAGUCCGCUGUCAAGGCCUGGAAGCAGUACAUGGAGCCUUUUGCAGGCAAGGCCCUUCUCGGUUCUCCCGCUGUUACCAACGGUGGUUCGCCCAUGGGUCUUACCUGGCUUUCCAACUUCAUGGGCAACUGCACAGGCUGCCACAUCGACUUCAUCAACAUCCACUGGUACUCGAACAAGUAUGCUGGCGCCAACUACUUCAAGCAGCAGGUCGAAGCCGCCCAUGCCAUGUCUGGUGGUCGCCCCGUCUGGAUCACCGAGUUCGGUCUUGACAACAGUGUAAGCUACACUCAGGCUGAACUCACAUCUUUCCUCGAGGAAGUGAUUGAGUGGAUGGACUCGACCGAUUACGUUCAGCGUUACGCCUACUUCAUGGAUACCACUGGUGCUUUGAUGAACUCUGAUGGCAGCGGCAUGAGCGAUCUUGGUUCCAUGUACAACUCUUAC